GAGCAGAGAGCUCCCAUCUGUCAGAUCUUUAGAUGUACGAUCAGCAGUUAUUUUCUCUACUAUCAUGAGAAAAAAUGAAUAUUGAUAAUAUGUUAAUCCAACCUAUGUCAAUUAUAAACUCUUUUGAUUCGAAAAUAACUAUUUUACAUGCUGAAAUUGAUUAAAAAAGUAAUGAGGUUGGCAGAAUUGCUAUUAAACGCGCUAAGCCAGCGUCCGGUUUUCUCUAUUCCGCCAUCUCAAUGGACGCGUUUAAACAAUAAUUCCUAUUUUCCGUUUCGAAAACUAUAGCUUUCUACAUUUCGGCUAUUAAUCAUCAGUGUUGUGUUAUAUCUGUGUCUUAAAAUUUGGAUAUUCAAAUUAAAUAUUUAAUACCAUGGGAGACAAAGAUGGAGAAACUUUUGAUGACGCCGUUGAGGAACGCGUAAUCAACGAGGAGUAUAAAAUAUGGAAAAAGAACACACCGUUUUUGUACGACUUGGUGAUGACUCACGCUCUUGAAUGGCCAUCAUUAACUGCUCAAUGGCUGCCUGAUGUUACUCGGCCUGAAGGAAAAGACUAUUCAGUGCACAGACUGAUUCUGGGAACUCACACUUCUGAUGAGCAGAAUCAUCUGCUGAUCGCCAGUGUUCAAUUGCCAAAUGAGGAUGCACAGUUCGAUGCUUCUCAUUAUGACAAUGAAAAAGGAGAAUUUGGUGGCUUUGGAUCAGUGAGCGGAAAAAUUGAGAUCGAAAUAAAAAUCAACCAUGAAGGAGAAGUGAAUCGUGCUCGGUACAUGCCCCAAAACCCAUGCGUCAUUGCAACCAAGACGCCCUCCAGCGAUGUGCUUGUCUUUGACUACACCAAACAUCCUUCAAAACCAGACCCAAAUGGAGAAUGCCAUCCAGAUUUGAGAUUGAGAGGGCACCAGAAAGAAGGAUACGGUCUAUCGUGGAAUCCAAAUCUGAACGGCUACCUUCUGAGUGCAUCCGAUGACCACACCAUCUGCUUAUGGGAUAUCAAUGCCACUCCCAAGGAGAACAGAAUCAUUGAUGCUAAAACUAUCUUCACAGGUCACACUGCCGUGGUUGAGGAUGUAGCGUGGCAUCUGUUGCAUGAGUCGCUGUUCGGCUCAGUGGCCGACGACCAGAAGCUGAUGAUCUGGGACACUCGAUCCAACAACACGAGCAAACCAUCGCACACGGUCGACGCCCACACCGCUGAGGUCAACUGCCUCUCCUUCAACCCAUACUCCGAGUUCAUCCUCGCCACCGGAAGUGCUGAUAAGACUGUUGCACUGUGGGAUUUAAGAAAUUUGAAGCUGAAAUUGCACUCAUUUGAAUCGCAUAAAGAUGAAAUUUUCCAGGUGCAAUGGUCACCGCAUAACGAGACAAUCCUGGCGUCAAGUGGCACAGACCGCAGGUUGCACGUUUGGGACCUGAGCAAGAUUGGCGAAGAGCAGUCCAGCGAAGAUGCCGAGGACGGCCCACCUGAACUCCUCUUCAUUCAUGGUGGACACACUGCAAAAAUAUCAGACUUUUCUUGGAAUCCCAACGAGCCGUGGGUGAUCUGUUCAGUUUCUGAGGAUAAUAUUAUGCAGGUUUGGCAGAUGGCUGAGAACAUAUACAAUGAUGAAGAACCGGAAACCCCGGCAUCUGAACUGGAGCCCGGUGCAUCAUAAACUCCACGCAAACCAUAACUCCUUCUUCGAUGAGUAUAUUCUCGUUCCUCUUCUUAACUGUAUGUUUGUAUAAGUAAUCAAUGGAUCAUUAAAUGUAUCUACAUUUUCCCUAUCCUUGACUCUGUUUGAGUUAAUUUAGCACUGUGAUCGGUAUUUUCUGUCUAGAGUGUUUCUGUCAUUAAUCUGACUUUAGAAAUAAACACGUUUGUAUUGAAAUUUGAAUUAAAUGUUUGUAUUACUGUAA